ACGUUAUGUUUUUUCCCGCAUGUGUUGAGGGAAAUCGAGCCAACUAUACAACCUCUCCUUCAACACAAAAUUAAGAUCGGUCAGAAAGUUUUGGGGAAAUGGCAGAAAAGGGCUGGGAAGAAAAAAUGAAAAUGGCAAAGAUUCAUCUAACUUUGUUCCUGUUGGCACUAAUAUUUGGCUGCAGCGCUUUUAUGGGUUCAGUAAAUGCAAUGACCCACGUUGUUGGAGGAGGCCAUGGUUGGCGUGUGCCUCACAACAAAACCUUCUUUGAUGAAUGGGCUAAACCAAGAACGUUUGGUGUUGGCGACAGACUUAUUUUUCCAUACAGGCCAGGGUCGAACAACGUUGUAGUGGUUAACAAGGAUGAUUUCGACGUAUGCGGUCAAAAGAAAGUAAUCAACAUGUACUACAAUGGACCAACGAUUGUGAACCUCACAGAGACUGGGGAAUACUUCUAUUAUUCUGGCGUUGGGAAGCAUUGCGAGGCUGGCCAAAAGCUCCACAUCAAAGUCGUCAACGAACAGGGCUCCUCCGGCAAGUCUUCCCCUGAUUUUAAAUUUGUCGGCCAUGUCGAUUCUAAAACUGCUGCACCGGCACCGGCCGCCCUUCCUGAUAAUUUACAUCCUAAUUCUUCGGCGACCACCAUUCAUAAGUUUUGCAUGGUUUCUGGUUUAUUAGCUUUCUUGGUUUCACUGCUCAUGAUCUGAAGUACAGUACAGUAAUUACUGUGCCAUUGUUUCUGAAUGAUCAAUGUCAUGAAAAAUGUCUAUUGAUUAAUGUGUUUUUUAAGUACGAGAUGGGAUCAGUUUAAUGUUAUACAUCGUGAGAUCAUGUGUAUACCAUUGUUGUUGCUGCUCAUGUUAUAUUAUGUAACAUUCUAUGUAAAUGUUUUCAAGUGUAGGAAAGAAUAUUAUUUUGUUUUA